AUGAAGCCACGCGGCUCCCCAAAAAGCAGCGGGAUCUCAGCCCAGCCGAGGCACGGGGAGACCCCCGGUGGUGACAACACCAAAGGGACCCCCCCGGACACCCCCGUGUCACCCCCCUGGCGCAGCGGUGUGGGGGUAGAGCGGCAUCGCCCGGCGCUGGGGGAGGAUUUCCCCACGCGGGAUCGGGCCCGGUGCCACCCGUGGGGUGUACUUGUGUCCCCCCACAGCGCGGGGGGAGGCACAGGAGGUGGCAUACCCGCGGGGACACGCGGGGACACGCGGGGACACCCGAAACUCCCCGGCCCCGCCGCUACGCCGGGGAAUCCCCGCCUGAUGCCGGGGUCUCCCCGAGAAAAUCCCUCCGCAGAGCCCCACCGGGACGCGCCGCUGGAUCCCGGGGAUACGGCGACAACCCCGAUGUCCCCAAGGGUGGCAGAGACAGCCGUGAUCCCCCCCCCCCCAACCCCGCCGCGACACCCCCAACCCAAGGGGGGGGGACCCUCAUCCCCAUCCCGCCCGCCUUGGGAGGGAACGCGCAGCCGGGGACACCCACCCUACCUUCUUGGGGUUCGUGGGGCUUGCCUGGGGGGUCCCGGGGGGUGCAGAGGGGGGGUCCUGGCUCCCCACCCCCCCUUCUUUGGUCGCCACCGCGCCGGCGUCCCCAGACAAAGCCGCUGCGCCGGGUUCUCCCUGCGCCUCCCCCACGCGCUCGGCUCAGCCGAAAGGACAAAGCCGCUCCGCCUGGCUGCCCCCGCCGGGCCACCACCGACCCCCUUCCCGGGGCCACCCGCGGGGGGACACGGCCGUGCCCGCCGCCCCUGGCACCGCCACAAAGCCCUCCGAGAGCGAGGGGUCCCCCCAAAGCUGGCACACGCCCUCGUAGAGCCCCGCGCUCCCGCUGCAGGGCGGGGGUCCCCAUGGCUGAGGAGGGGUCCCCAAGAUCCCCCACCCAGCACAGGGGUGGGCCAAGGUCACCCGGAAGGUGGCGAGGAGGGGGAAGGUCCCCGUGUGUCCCCACGGUCCCCGCCUCGACGUCGAGGGCACGAAGGCCACGCGGUGCCAGAACCCGCCCGGAGCCCCCGGACAUCCCCGUUGUCCCCACACCCCCACGCGCGGGGUACCCCCCCCCCGCCGCUGCCACCCCCGGGUGUCCCCUCCGCCGCUGUCACCUCCCCCCUCGCCCUCUCACUUGCCACGGCCCCGUGCUACGGGGGAGCGUCGGGGGUCCCGGUGGGCGGCGGGGACACGCACCGGGGGGCGCGGGGGCGGCGGGCGCUGCCGGCUCUCGGCUCGGCGGAGCGACACUGGUGA